GCGGCGAGCGCCCCGUCGGGCAGCGGCGGCGCGAGCGAUGGCUGCGAACCGGGUGGGGAGGCGCCUGGGACGGGCUUCGCCGGCGCGCCCGGCCGGGCUGUCUCCGGGGGGCGGCCGCGCGGCGGAGAGGACGCCCAGCCCCGGCAUCCAGCGGCGCCAGGCGAGGGUCACCGUCAAGUACGACCGGCGGGAGCUGCAGCGGCGCCUCGACACCGAGAAGUGGAUCGACGGCCGCCUGGAGGAGCUCUACCUUGGACAGGAAGCAGAGAUGCCGGACGAGGUGAACAUCGACGAUCUGCUGGAGAUGGCCACGGAUGAGGAGCGUGCCAAGAAGCUGCAGAGCAUAUUGGAGUCCUGCCACAAGGACACAGAGGACUUCAUCCAGGAGCUGCUGGGGAAGCUGAGGGGCCUCCGGACAGAGCACGUCCUCCGCCGGACCAGCCCCGACAGCGGAGGCGGCAGCCGGGAAAGAGUGGAGCAGGGCCCUGGGAGCCCGGAGGAGCGAGUGUGAGAGCUGCCUGAUCUUGCGGAAGGCUUUGCCGAAAGCCUCAGGGGUGGACUCCUGGGAGAGGGCGGGGGGGGGCUGCAAUAUAGAGGUCAGGCUGCUGGCAGCAGCAACGGCAGGGUCCCAAUGGUGUCUCGAUGACGUGCAUCGCCCCCUAGUUGCAUCUGGCUGCAGGGACGUCCCCCAGCCCCACAGCUGCUGCACCCCGGCGCCCCCCCAGCAGCAUCUUGGAACGCCCUCCUCACCCACUUUGUACAGUGAACAGUCUUGUCUGCUUUCCUUGUAUCCUGUAAUAAAGUACUCUGUCUCAAA